CAACAGCCUCAGUAUUCUUUGCAUACAGCUGGCUGUCAACCUCCACCCUCCACGUCUCAUCUCCUUUACCGACAGAUUCAUCCUCUCAGAAAGUUGUACGCCAUGGACUCUGGUUUCUCCACAGAUGAUAUUGCACCGAUCGCUCUUCUCAUGGAUGAGUUGCGCUCGGAAGACGUUCAAUUGCGCCUCAACGCUAUCCAUCGUAUCUCUACUAUAGCUCUCGCAUUGGGCCCCGAUCGUGCGCGGGAAGAGUUGAUUCCUUUCCUGCAGGAUUCCGUGGAUGAUGAAGAUGAGGUCUUGCUAGCAUUAGCGGAGGAGCUUGGGAAGAACUUUGGUGAUUAUGUUGGCGGGCCUGAGCAUGCACAUGUAUUGCUGGGACCCUUAGAAAACCUUUCCGCUGUUGAGGAGACCCUUGUGAGAGACAAGGCUGCAGAGUCCAUCACGAAGGUGGCCGAGGUUCUCUCGCAGGAGCAAAUCGAACAAUACUACAUCCCCUUACUGAAACGGCUAUCCCAUGGCGAAUGGUUCACAUCACGCGCAUCAUCCGCCGCCCUCUAUGCUCCUGUAUAUACCAAAGUCUCACCUUCGAUUCAAGAGGAGCUGCGGAAGGGAUUUGCUGAGCUCGGGUCCGAUGACACACCAAUGGUUCGGAGAGCUGCUGCGAAAUGGCUUCAGUGGUUUGUGAAAGGCCUUUCUAAGCCCCACGUAUUGUCCGAUGGUCUGUCGAUAUACCGUCGUCUGCAGUCAGACGACCAAGACUCUGUUAGACUGUUAACGGUAGAAGACCUCGUUGUUAUCGCUCAGCAGCUCACCCCUGCGGAAGCGAAGGACCAAUUACUCAAGCAAAUAAAGCAGAGCGUCUCCGAUAAAAGCUGGAGGGUUCGAUACAUGGCUGCUACCCAUUUCAAUGCGCUGUCGGAGGCAGUAGGAGUUGAGCUUGUGCGAGAAGAGUUAGUGGGUCAUUACGUACAGCUUUUGAAGGACAACGAAGCGGAAGUUCGAACAGCUGCUGCAGGCCAAAUUCCAGGUUUCUCUAAGCUACUCGAAAGAGAAGUUGUCAUUGCUCGCAUCAUCCCUUGCGUGCGGGAUCUUUGCCAGGAUAGUUCUCAACAUGUUCGCGCCGCUCUUGCGAACCAGAUAACUGGGCUUGCUCCCCUUCUUGGAAAAGAGGCUACAAUUGAGCACCUCUUACAACUCUUCCUUCACAUGCUCAAGGACGAGUUCCCUGAAGUACGGUUGAAUAUCAUCAGCAAGCUUGAGCAAGUAAAUGAAGUCAUUGGCAUACAAUUUCUGGCUGAAAGCCUCCUCCCAGCGAUAGUCGAGCUCGCAGAGGAUAAGUCGUGGCGCGUCCGGCAGGCCAUCAUUGAAUAUAUUCCCCUGCUCGCGACCCAGCUCGGAAAGCCGUUCUUUGACGAGCAGCUCGGGAAUCUCUGUAUGUCGUGGCUUGGCGACACUGUUUUCAGUAUCCGCGAGGCUGCCACGAUCAACCUAAAGAAACUGACGGAGGUAUUCGGUGUUGAGUGGGCGCGCGUGGCUAUCGUCCCAAAGGUAGUAAACAUGGGAGCGCAUCCGAACUAUUUAUACCGGAUGACUACUGUCCAGGCGAUCGCCACCAUUGCGCCGUCGUUGAAUUUCGACAUCGUUCUCAACGAAAUCCUCGAUGCUCUGCUUCACCUGGCCACUGAUCCUAUCCCAAACAUCCGGUUCAAUGUUGCAAAGUCUCUAGAGGUCCUAGCCGCGACAUAUGGUAACAUUCCUGAGGGUCAAGAAUCGGCCCGGCAAAAGAUCUUCCCUGCCUUGGAGAAAUUGAAAAACGAUCAAGAUGCAGAUGUACGGUACUUCGCGACGCACGCGCUACAGAAGACAUUAGCAGCUACCGAGGGAUCGGGCUGAACGUUAGAGAGACAGAGAUCCACGAUUCAAGUAGGAAUGUUUAAUCACGCUCCGUUCUUUACAUGUGUGCAGUACCACGGAAGCUGAAGUUGAAAGAAUUUUAAUGUACAUUGUCCUUUGUUUGUGACUUU